AUGAUUCUCUCCCCGCUCUUUCUUUCCCUCCUUCCCUUCGUUACCGCCGCUGGUAUUCACAAACUCAAGCUGCAGAAACUUCCUUCCGCAGCGAGCAACCCCGAGCUCGAGAGUGCGUACCUUGCUGAGAAGUAUGGUGCCCCUCUUCAAGCCCAGUAUCCUCUUAUGGGAGCGGGUGGUUCUGGUCGUAGAGUCCAGAGGCCAUCCAACAAGGGCAGUGAACAGCUCUAUUGGACGCAAGAACAGCUUAAGGGUGGCCACGGCGUUCCUCUUACAAACUUUAUGAACGCUCAGUAUUUCACCGAAAUCGCCAUUGGGACUCCACCGCAGACGUUCAAAGUUAUUCUUGACACUGGGUCAAGCAACCUAUGGGUACCCAGCACAAAGUGCACAUCCAUUGCUUGCUUCCUACACACCAAGUAUGACUCUAGCUCGUCAUCCACGUACAAGGCCAAUGGCUCUGAGUUCUCUAUCCAAUACGGAUCUGGCUCCAUGGAAGGUUUCGUCUCGAAUGACGUGCUGACAAUUGGGGACUUGACCAUCAAAGGUCAGGACUUUGCUGAAGCCACUAAGGAACCCGGUCUUGCUUUUGCUUUUGGAAAGUUUGAUGGAAUCCUUGGCCUUGCAUAUGAUACUAUUUCUGUGAACCAUAUCACCCCUCCAUUCUACAGUAUGAUCAACCAGGGCCUGCUCGAUGCCCCUGUAUUCUCCUUCCGCAUUGGCUCUUCAGAGAACGAUGGAGGUGAAGCUAUCUUCGGAGGCAUUGAUCAUUCCGCAUACAGUGGAAAACUUGAUUACGUCCCUUUGCGUCGCAAAGCUUAUUGGGAAGUUGAGCUUGAGAAAUUCAGCUUCGGUGAUGAAGAACUUGAACUCGAGAAUACAGGUGCUGCCAUUGACACUGGUACAUCCCUUAUUGCACUCCCAACUGACAUUGCCGAAAUGCUCAACACUCAGAUCGGUGCCACCAAGUCUUGGAACGGUCAAUAUACUGUUGACUGUGCCAAAGUGCCGAGCCUUCCUGAGCUUGCCUUCCACUUUGGUGGUAAACCUUACCCCCUCAAAGGCUCUGAUUACAUCCUCGAAGUUCAAGGCACCUGUAUCUCUGCUUUCACUGGAAUGGAUAUCAAUCUCCCAGGCGGUUCUCUCUGGAUCGUUGGAGAUGUAUUCCUCCGCAAAUACUACACUGUAUAUGAUCUUGGAAGGGAUGCCGUUGGAUUUGCCACUGCCAACUAA